AGCGGCACCGCCGGGGGACGGGGCCAUGUGCUCCCUCUGUCCCUUGCAACCCCCCAAGAAUCCUUCCUACUUGUGUAGGUGGAGUGAGCCUGAGGCCAGUGGAUGAACAGACAGAAGCUGAAAGCUCCCAAUAAAGGAUGCGUGAGAGGGCCGCGAGGAACUGGAGCACGGGUGGCUGGCUGCUGGCGCUUUGCCUGGUCUGGCUGUGGACCCUCCUGGCUUCGGCUUCCUUGCAGCCUCCAACCCCCACAGUCCUCGUGAAGCAGGGCACCUGCGAAGUGACAGCUUCUCACCGCUGCUGUAACAGGAACCGCGUGGAGGAACGCUCCCAGACUGUCAAGUGCUCCUGCUCCUCCGGCCAGGUGGCUGGCACCACGCGGGCAAAGCCCUCCUGCGUGGACGCCUCCAUCGUCCUGCAGAGGUGGUGGUGCCAGAUGGAGCCCUGCCUGCCCGGGGAGGAGUGCAAAGUGCUCCCGGACCUGUCAGGAUGGAGCUGCAGCAGUGGGCACAAAGUCAAAACCACCAAGGUGACACGGUAGCUCUUGGGGUCACAGCCUGGGCAGAACAGCUUGACUGAGCCAUGGACGGAAGCUUGGUAUCCAGUUUCCAGCCAGCAAAUUUGGAGGUUCACCUGUCUGGACACACGCCCCAUGCCAAAGGCAGCAUCCCUUUUCCAGGGGCAUUUCAGUGAAGCCGCUCAGCGGGUAUGGACAGAUCUCUAUCCGUGUACCUAGCGUUGUGCUGAGCUCUCCUGGGGGACACAACAGAAGGUCAAGAUACAAUACCUGCCCUCAAGGAAAGUCCAGUCAAGUUGGAGAGUUGAUGAAAGACAAUUUAGAUGAUUUAGUUUAAAGCAUGUGGUACCAGAAUGUGGCUUCUGGUCAUAUUGGGGGUUUGGGGAUGAGACUCCCACAGCUCUUCAGCCACCCCCUGGCCACUGAUAAGAGGUCACAUUCACCACCCACCACUUCCCUCCCUCACAUAAGUCCAGAACCCCAGCAAACUGCUAACAUGUUGAAGGGAGAUAUGUACCCCAAUGCCACACUGGCUGUCUAUCUUUUGGAUGGGACUGGCUUGACUUGGGGAAGGAAAGCAGAGAUGAAGCCAGAAUUUCCAGCAAAGCUUCUGUAGAGGUGUGGCCUGGUUUGGGCUGUUCACUGGGCAGGAGAUGGCACUAAGAGAGGAACCUUAAAAUCACUGCCCACCAUCCAAGCACCUUGAGUUUUUGUUUGUUUGCUUGUUUGAACAGAUGUGGAAACUGAGUCCCAGAGAGGUGAAGUGACUUGCCCAAGGUCUCACAGCUUGGGCCUCCACUGACCUUUAGACCACUGACCUUU